GACCGACAUAUGAAGGAAAGAAGCACUUUGGCUGGUCCUCGCCUGCGAAGCCAGCUUUGAUUACACCUGAGCCGUUGUCGAUGACGACUGGUUGAUUCGUAAGGAAACUCGCGUCGUCCAUUGCAAUUGCUUCAAUCUUGUAUCAAUCGUCUAUUGAUGUCAGUCACGGUAGAAUGUGGUGCCGCAGCUCAGCGCACCCCCUCCACAUACCGAAUACGGCACUGCGCUCACCCUCGAUACCUGUAACGACGACACACACACAAUGGACUCAAAAACAAGUUCAUUCCUUCUCCCUUUCCUCCCCUCCCCCCGGAAUGCCAGACCCUACGUAACCCUAACCUACGCCCAAUCCAUCGACGCAAAAAUCGCAGCUUCAGAUCGGAAGCAACUACGGCUCUCUGGUGCGGAGUCGAGGUAUAUGACGCAUCGGUUACGGGUUUUGCAUGAGGGGAUUUUGGUUGGGGUUGGGACUGGGAUUGGGGAUGAUCCGGGGCUUAAUGCCCGUCUCCCCGACCCAGUCAACUCACCACCCUGCUCCCUCCCCCAACAACCCCACCCAUUCAUCCUCGACCCCACAUUCCGAAGCCCAAUCACCUCCGAAACCCGACUUAUCCGUACAGCCGCAGCCGGACACGGACACCCUCCAACAUACCUCGUCCGGUCUGACGCGGUGCUCGACGAGGACAAAUUACAAAUUUUACAAAGCGUCGGUGGGCGCGUCAUUAAGAUCCCCACCACCGGCCCGCGGGCGCUGAUGUGGGAUGAUAUCCUAAAAGCAGUCUACGACACCGGUAUCGCAUCCCUCAUGAUCGAAGGCGGGGCACGCGUUAUCGCGGACGUACUACGAGAAAAAGCGGCGGAUGUGGUCAUCGUCACGAUCGCGCCGGUGUAUGUUGGGAAAGAGGGG